CUCAUCUUCAAUAAAGAAAGAGUGAAGACUGAAGAGUAAAGAGUAAAGGCCGCCUUCUCUCUCCUUUCCACGUACAAGCGCUCUCUUUCUCUCUCUACACUCUGCUCAGAGAAGUAAAGUGUGAACUACAAGGGAGGAGGGACCGCGACCAAAAAAAAUAAACAAGAUCUCUUCGUUCCCCUUUUUUUAAUCGUCUGGACGAGGAAAGGAAGGAAUGUUGAUCGGCUUCUGAUUCAGGGGAAAAAAAAAGAAUUCUUCACCAUUAGUGAGAGAAAUUAAGAGAGUAAGAGGGGAAAAACCAGAGAGAGAGACAGAGAGACAGAGAGACAGAGAUGGGUGGAGUUACUUCGUCCAUGGCGGCCAAGUUCGCCUUCUUUCCACCCAAUCCUCCUUCUUACAAGGUAAUCACAGACGAAAUUACUGGUCUCUUGAUCCUCCAUCCUUUCCCUCACCGUGAGAACGUCGACGUCCUCAAAUUGCCCACUCGCCGCGGAACCGAGAUUAUGGCCAUCUACGUUCGACACCCUAUGGCCACCUCUACUCUUCUCUACUCUCACGGCAACGCCGCUGAUCUCGGCCAGAUGUAUGAGCUUUUCAUCGAAUUGAGCAUCCAUUUGCGAGUUAAUCUCAUGGGGUAUGACUAUUCUGGGUAUGGGCAGUCAUCUGGAAAGCCAAGUGAGCAGAAUACUUAUGCAGAUAUAGAAGCUGCCUACAAAUGCCUUGAAGAGAGUUACGGUGCUAAGCAAGAAGAUAUCAUCCUUUAUGGCCAAUCUGUUGGAAGUGGCCCAACAUUGGAUCUAGCAGCUCGUUUGCCUCGGUUAAGAGCUGUGGUUCUUCAUAGUCCUAUACUCUCAGGUUUAAGAGUGAUGUACCCUGUGAAGCGCACAUAUUGGUUUGACAUCUAUAAGAACAUUGACAAAAUUCCGCUGGUUAACUGUCCAGUACUGAUCAUUCAUGGUACCUCUGAUGAAGUGGUCGACUGUUCUCAUGGCAAGCAAUUAUGGGAACUCUGUAAGGAGAAGUAUGAGCCACUAUGGCUUAAAGGAGGGAACCACUGUGACCUGGAGCUCUAUCCAGAGUAUAUUAGGCAUCUCAAAAAGUUUAUAUCCACAGUUGAGAAAGCACCGUCUCAGAGGAACAGUUCGAGGAGGAGCACUGACAGGUUUGAACAAUCCAGACGAAGUACUGAUUGCUUUGAGGCUUCAAGGAAGAGCACUGACAGGAGGGAGAAACCAAGGCAGAGCACCGACAGGCAUGAGAAACUGAAAAGCCAUGACUACAAGUCUAAUAAUGUUGACAAGUUAGAAAAGUUAAGAAUCUCGUUCGAUCAAAUCGAGAGGUCUCGUAGAAGUGUAGACUGCCAUGAGAAGUCUCGUAAGAGCGUUGACCACCAGCUGGAGAGAGCACGGAAGAGCGUUGACCGUUUGGAUAGAAUAAGGGCUGGGUAAAUAUUGUUGAACCAAUGUAAAAUCGAUGCAUGAAUUUGGUGUUGUGGAAAAAUUAUUUGGGCAUUUUUAUUUAUGGUUUCCCGCUGUGUAGCUUUGUUUGUGGAAGUUCCAUAAUAACUAUGGCAUGAAAUGAGGAAGGCUUUUCUGUUA